CUCAUUUUCUCCGUCUUCCUACCUCUAUAGAUAGCGACCAAAACUUUUGACUUUGACAAGAAUUAAAAAGAAGAAUAAAUGUCAAAAUAUAUCAUGUGCUUUUUUAAGGUUAUGUAUGUGUUGGUUUUGGUUUAUUAUUGUAUAUAAUUUAAAGUAAAAUCUCAGCAAAAUCAUGGCGACUUCUUUAGCUGAACAACUUCAACGUCUCGCAAUACCGCAGAGUUCUGCUAUAAAACGCGAUAAGAAACGUCCUUCUUUGCUUUUCGAUCCUAAAAAGGCCGCAGAACUAUCUAGAGAAAUAUUUUACCAGAUCGGAUUAGAAGGACUCGAAGAGUUGACUCAAAAAAAUGAAGUUUUUUCACAAUUCAAAGACGGUCUUUUUCACGCUACUUCGAAGGAAUUUGAACGGUCUGUUCAAAACACAGAGGCCAACGAAAAGUUAAAUAAGAGUAUUAAAAAGUUUCUUUUGUUACUGUCUCCUUAUUUCAUGUUAAACUGUUCCCAUAAAGCUCUUGAGUGGUUGGUAAAUAGGUUUUCUAUACAUGAGUACAAUAAGGAAGAUUUAUUAAUGUUAUGUUUACCAUAUCACGAAAGCAAUAUUUUUGUGAGGGUAAUUCAAAUAGUCGUAUUUAAAAAUAAAAGAGAUGGUUUUUACUUUUUAAAGCAGCUGCAAUUGCCUGGUACUCAUUUACCUAAACAAAUUCUUUUAAGCCAUUCUGCUUCCAAUAAUGAAUUUUUAAAAUUUGUUUCCAAGUACAUAAAAGAUUUGUUAAAAUAUCAUGAAAAACAUUAUUUAUUAACAGUUGCUUUUAAUUUUUAUUGCACUGUUUUUUCUGGAGCUUUAGAAUACAGCAAUGAUAUUACAGAAGAUCAAGUAUCUCAGUUAUUACCUUUAUUGUUAAAAGGUUUAAAUUCCCCAAUUGCAGACUUUGGUGCUGCUUCGUAUGUAAUAACUGCAAGAUUAGUCUCUAAAACCAACCUUUCUAACAAGCUUUUGGAUAAAUUUGUUGAAAAAAUAUCAGAAGUUAAAGUAGAAAGUCUAAAAACUGAAGCAUGCUUAUUACUCCUGGUUAUUUAUCAAUCGCAAAAGCAGUAUACAAAUUUUCCAACCAUUGCCAUAAUUAGUUUGUCAGAAAAAGAGUGGUUGCCAAAAAUGUUGAGCAGUUUGCAAACUUCUGGGAGUUUUAUUUAUCCAUUUUUUGAGAGGUUGAUAACUAGUGCGUUUAUUGAAGGUGUAAAUAAUGAUUUCAAAUUGGUCAGAGAUAUGGUGAAAGCUUGUUUGGAUCAACUAAAAGUCAAGGAAGAAUUCGUAUCAAUCAUUUUAAAUUCCCUUUUGGACGCAGCACAUCAAGAUGACAUUUCUGCAGAAGCUAAAGAAUGGUCAAUAGGAAUAUUAGAAUCCAUGGAAACUCAAUACCCUUCAGUAUUCGAUAAGGAGGUAUAUAGAAUCCUCUCUACCACAGCGGAUAAAAAAUCAAUAAAACGUAGAAAAUGCUUAACCAAAUUGUUGAAAAACACCAUGACCUACAAAGGAAAAUUCGAUGUAUUCGGAAAAUUGUACCACCCGAAUCCUUGCAUAAGAGGCGAAGGUGUAAAAUUCCUUUUAGACAAUUACGAUGCCCUCAGAGAUACCGAUAAAGAAAUAAUAAAUAAUUUCUUCAUUGAUGGAUUGAGAAGUGACAAUAAAGACAUGGUCAAGGAGACCCUGAAACUUGUCAAAAAAACGGACAAAAUCGACAAAGAUGUUUUAAAAAAGUCUCUAGCUAUUUUAUCCUUCAAAUACCAUAAAGAUAAAGUCGGGUGGAGAUUGGUUUACAAAGAAGUAACUAAUAUGCUGUUUACACUCUACCCUCCAACUGAUUGGGAGGUAUUUUUAGUAAUAUUUCCGUUUUUACUACCGGAGACAUCAGAAGAUCUUCCUAGAGCCAAAAAACUGUUAGAACUGCCAUUUAUUUCCAACCACGAUUUAUUCAAAAGUGAUAUUCACAGAUUGAAAAGCGUUAGCAAUGAGGAAGCCUUUGUGAAAUUGAUUUUAAAAGUUUUAUCUAAAAAUACCGAUAUACACAACGUAUCUAAUUUUAUAAAAGUGUUAAAAGGUAUUCCUGAUGAAAUGUGGGAUAGUUAUCAUAAGUAUAUAUCGUUUCUAAUUUUGGGUACCAUUUUACCACAACGUUCAUCUCUAGAAAUCGGCAGUUUGGUAAUUGACUUUCUGCCCAAAUUGUUCGAGAAUAUCACUCAAAAAUUUGAUUAUGAAAAGACCAUAUCCGGAAAUAUACAAGAAGCGAUUAAAGGAAAAUUCCCUAUACAAGGUUUUCUGAAAUGCUUAAUCAACCUUACAUACAAAAUCGAAAAAGCUCAAAUCGAUCUCAAAAUGAGAGAUUUUUUGCUGCCAAAUGCAGAAAACAGAUUUUUUUUGAGCACCACCAAAAUACUGUUGGAAAACAACGUGGAAUAUUUAAAAAAGUUUCUAAAAAAGAUUUGCGAUAAUGACGCCGUCGUUAUAGAAUCGUUAUUAAACGUUUGUCUAUGCCAAAACGACGGUUUGAAGAUCACAAUUUUGAAUUUCGUCAAUAAUAACCUGCAAGAAAAUGAUGAAUCUAAAACUCUGAUUUAUAUAGACCAAUUUGUACCGAUAUUCCUGCUGGUAUUACUUUCUGAUCCUGAUGAAAAUAUCCGAAGAAUAAUAAUCGAUAUUUUUAUUACAUUAAUCAAUUCAUCCACUAGAAAAGGCAACUCAUUCUAUUACUUAAUAAAUGUAGUAAUAAAGAAUAAAGAAGAAAUCAUUUUAGACCACGAACAGCUACCUUUAAUAAUCUUCAAAGCUUUAGAUCCAUCAAACACAAAAAAAGAUAAAAAGAGUGCUAGCGAUUUAAACUUAAUAAGGAAUCAACUGUUGAAAACCUGCUGCCAAAGUUUAACCCCUGCUUAUUUAAAAUCUCGGAUUUUAUACGCUUUAUCAUUGAUAAAUUCUUUCGAAAUACUAGAAGAGACUGCUAAACUAGCUUUGUCGAUUUUGGAAGAGAAUACGUUGGAAAUUAAAUCUUUCAAUGCUGAAAUUGUUGUACAUAUCGUCGCUAAAGUUACAUCUAACGUCAUUAACAAACUAAAUCUUGAUAGUACCGCUUGGAAAUUAAUUGAAAUCUUCAUAAAAAACGAUGAAACUUUAAUUUAUAAUGAUUCCGAAGAUAAAAUUACCCCAUCGGUUCUCAUGUUGAACCAAUUGGAUAGAGAACUAUUCAUUUCGUUGGACAAUGCAGAAGUGAUCAAGAAACUUUUGGAUAUCGUGGUGGAAAAGUCGGCUACUGCCCAGAAUCCUGAAGUGCUUCCAGCCGCUCUUAGGAUAUUUAAGCAUAUAGAUUUGGAUUCGGUAUGGAUAACGGGACAGUUGAUUGGGAUGAGGGACGUGUUGAGUCCCAAGAUCGACGCCAGCAAGAAGAAAAGGAGAAUUGGAGUGGUACCGACUGUUGAUAUAUUGGAUACGUUGGAAUGGAGAAAAGGUGUAGCCGUGUUGGAAUUUAUACAAGACAAGAAAAAAAUCAGAAACACAGACUCUUUAGUUCCGAUUCUUUUCGACGUCUUGAAACGAUGCUUAGAUUUCGACGAACAAUCUGCCGUCGAAUAUCCUAAACAACUUUUACUUUCCCUCAUCCUGCAUUGCUUCGCAAAAACCGAAGAAAUUAUCCCAGACAACGUUUUCAACAUUGAACUGAUAGUUCAGUGUAUACGAGCCUCUCAAAAUCCUCAGACGCACCAUCACGCCUUACUGGUAUUAACUCAUACAGCGCAUUUGGUUCCCACGCAAGUUUUGCACCAUAUGAUGGCGAUUUUUACGUUUAUGGGGUCUUCUGUUUUGAGGCACGAUGAUGCAUACAGUUUCCAUAUUAUUUUCAAGAUUAUCGAUACCAUUAUUCCGAUUAUUGUCAAUGAACAUGAAGAAGGUGAUCGAACGAGCAACGUAACCAAAGUCCUUAGGGUUUUCGUUGAUGCUCUAUUAGACGUCCCGGAUCACAGGAGGAUCCCUCUAUUCAAACAGCUUUUGGAUAGAAUCGACGUCAAAAAAAAUCUCUUCCUUUUUCUUCUGCUUAUUUUCGAAACACAAGUAACGCAUGCCUCGUUUAAUAAACAAAGAAAGAAUGGAGUUCCGAAUAAACUAGACGUAGCUACUGACUUGUGCAAAGAAUUCCCUCCGGAUAUUAUUAUCUACAAUGGCAUCAAAUUGAUAAAAUACCUGCAAGAAUUGCCAGAUGAGAAGGAAGAAAAUACAGAAAUUAAUAAUGCAGAAAAUUUGACUUUCAACUUGUCAACCCACACCCCCAAAGACUUCCGCCACUACAAAUACAUCUUAGUUAAAUUCAUAUCGAAUUUACUGAGCUCAUCCCAAUUCGUCAAUUCCGUAGCAGCCUUAACAGACGAAGCCGAGCUUCAACUGGAACCUUUAUUCAAAGAUUUAAUAGUGGUUAUCCUGCAGUACGUCCAAAGGAUAUCGAAAGUAGCCGAAAGAAAUGCUAAUACUCCUCAAGCGCAAUACUGGAAAGUCAUGUUGCACUUGAGUUACGAUGUAUUAGAUAGCGUAAAUGCGUUACUGACAUCCCAGAUGUUCCUCUUGGUAACCAAAGGAUUGAUGGUGCAUAAAUUGGGCACAGUACGAAGGAGAAUACUGGAGUUGUUGAAUAAUAAACUCCAGUACAAUCAACAGUUUUUCGAAGAUUGCGAUAAGAACGAUAUAUAUUCGUUAAUACCUUCAAUCGUUACGAUUAUAGAAAGCGUUGAAGAAGAAAUCGACAGCGAACAAGAAACUAUUGUACAAACAUCGCUGCUAUCGCUCAAACUGCUGGUCAAAUCGCUAGCGUGGCAGGAACCCGAAAAAUUCGUCCAAAUUCUGGAAUUCAUCACCGGCAUUCUACAAUCGGGGAAAGUACAGAACAACGUAUUGGCUUCGGUCGUACUGUGCUUGGCUGAACUGUGCGUUAAUCUUAAAGGUCACGCAAUUUCUAGCCUUCCCGAGUUCAUGCCGGCUCUGAUGCAGAUUCUGAAGAAGCAGAAGAACGGCGAUGGGAACAGCGUGUUGUUGAGGAGUUUGGUGACUGCUGUGGAGAAGGUGUUAGAUAGUAUGCCGUUGUUUUUGAGCCCGUAUUUAGAGAAACUGUUGACAGAGAUAUCGCUGUUGAUGUCUAGGUGGAUUACCAGCGAGGAAAAGGAGGUACAGCCAUUCACAAAUAAAUUGAGCAGCAUAAAACAGAAAAUAGGAUCGUCGAUAUCCCUUAGAACUCUUCUACCGGCUAUGGAGAUCUGUUAUAAUAAAUUAGUGAGGAAAUCUUGUUACAACGCCUGUUGCUCUUUAAUGGACAUUUUAGCGAAAAGCAUCACCAACGCCACCGCAUCAGACAUCAAUUCCAAUCUAAACGAAUUAACGAAUUUCUUCUUGGACAUACUCAAAUUCCGCGCCGAUUCAAAUUGCGACUUGGAUGAGGCCAAUAUGGUGGAGAAUCAUAUAAUCGGAGCGUUUACAGUCUUAGUGUUGAAAUUGUCUGAAAAUUCCUUCAGACCGUUGUAUUACAAAGUCUACGAUUGGGCUAUCAGGAGCAGAGAUAAAAGCGAGAGGGUUAUAACGUUUUAUAAUUUCUCCAGUAAAAUUGCGCAUUCACUUAAAGGGUUAUUCCUGUUAUUCGCAGGACAUUUUAUCGGUAAUGCAGCCCAAAUUUUAGACGCUUGCAACAAUAUCAAGACCGAUAAAUUAUAUUUUGAUGACGAUUUAAAAAAUAUUUUGCUUUUGGAAAACGUUUUAAGCACUUUAGACGCCCUAUUUAUGUACGACACUCAAAAAUUCAUCAACAGAGAUAGAUUUGACAUCCUGAUGCAACCAUUGGUAGACCAACUGGAAAACACUCUCGGAGGUACUGAUGCAUUGAUGACACGUAACGAGAAGUUGCUAGUACCGUGUUUAGUACAUUUUUCUGUAGCUACUUCGGACGAUUCGUUGUGGAAGCAAUUGAACUACCAGGUUUUGUUGAAGAUGCGACACAACAGUGCGAAAAUUCGAUUGUGUGCUUUACAAUAUCUCACCGAGUUCGUAAACAAGUUGGGAGAAGAUUUUCUGCCAUUGUUGCCAGAGACUAUACCAUUUUUGGCAGAAUUGUUAGAGGACGAAGAAGAGGAUGUUGAGAAAGCUUGUCGGAAGGCUGUGCAAGAGAUGGAGAAGGUAUUGGGAGAGCCGUUACAAAAAUAUUUUUAAUUCUUAGGUUAUGCGUAAUUUAAGAUACGCAGUAAAUGUUAAUGUGUAAAUAUGUAUUUUGUCAAAUUUAACUAAAUAAAUUG